GAGUAUGACCGCAUUAAAGAUUUAUGAAAUGUUCCUUGAAAAAGAAAGUAGUACAUCUGUACAGGGUGAAACUCAAAAGGUUCUACCAUUUUUCGAUUAUUCAUCAUUUAUCAAAGAACUUAAUUAUACGAACUUAUUGAAAUUAUUGGCAAGUGAAGAACAAUAUAAAUCAAUACUUCAAAUGUUAACAAACUGA